AUUAGUGCAACCAAAUUCAUUUAAACAAUCAGAAGUCAAUAUUUUAUGCUCAGUCCUAAAAAAUGUGCGAGACAAACAAUUUCUACUUAUGGGUUCUACAAUUCUUCGGCCUCCUGGGUCUCCUAGCCCUCGUUCUUUGGCUGGCCUUACGUCCAGAAUCCCCUGAGUAUACCAUUGUGGAUAUCACCAUCCCAAAGUCCGAUACAGACAAUGGGGGUCAAAAUGGCUCUAUCUUAUACGUCCUUGAAAUUAAAAAUUCCAACAAAGACUCUAGUAUUUACUAUGAUGACACCAUUUUGAGAUUCUAUUAUGGGUCAGAUACGGUUGGGGAGAAAACCAUACGUUCUUUUCAUCAAGGAAGAGGUAAAACCCGUGAAGUGACUGAUUCUUUGGAUGUCAACCCACGAGUUUGGAAAGCUAUUCGCAAUUCCAUAUCCAAUGCAACUGCAGAACUGAAGGUGGCAUUACUAACUCGGUUUCGAUAUAGAACAUGGGGAGUGAAGAGUAAGCAUCAUGGAUUACACUUGCAAGGUAAAUUAUUGGUUGGUUCAGAUGGUAAGAUUUUUGGUAAGAAGAAGAAAAUUAAGCUACGCCGUGCUUCCAAGAAAUGGAGGAGUACUAGACAACGAUUGUUAUACUAGAUGUUGCAAAUUUACAAUAUAGCUGCCUAAAUUUCAUGGUCUUGUUUAUAAUAUACUGAUUAUUGUCCCUACUGUUACCGUAGCUGCCUAAAUCUCUGCAAAUGAUAAUGGUACAUUGCAAACUCAUGCAAGGGACCAGUAUUACAAGGUUUUUGGCUUAUGCUUUAUUAAUGUAAACUAAGAGCCAAGAGAGCUGGCGCAAACCCACUCCAAAA